AUGGGGGGCCCCCCUUCUUCUCCUGAGGGGGCCCCCCUGUCCCCUACCCCCAGGAGCCAUCAAACCCCCUCUGUCUCCCCUGGGGCCCCCAAAGCAAUCCAUGCGGUUGCUGCAGCAGCUGCAUGCAGCUGCGAGCCCAGCACCAGCUACCAGGGGCCCCCUGAGGGUCCCCCAGGGGGCCCCCAUGAGAACCCUGAAGAACAGACUCAAGGGGGGGCCCCAGAGGGGCCCCCAAACGAGUACCCGGGGGGCCCCCAAGAGGGGGCCCCCGAAGCCAUCAGAGGGGGGGCCCCCGAGGGGCCCCCAGGGGGGCCCCUGCUGGCUGUAGAAGAGAGAAGUUCACAAGGAGAUAGAAAGCGGAAGUACCCUUACAACUCCUGUGAUGAGGGGGCCCCCGAGGGGCCCCCUGAAGGGGCCCCUGAGGGGCCCCCUGAAGGGGCCCCCGAGGGGCCCCUCGAGGGUUCUGCUGAGGGGCCCCUGGACACCACCAACCCUCAGGAGGCCCCCGCAGUAGAGCCCCCCUCUGGUGCUGGGGGGCCCCCCUCUGCUGCUGGGGGGCCCCCCGUUGCUGCUGGGGGGCCCCCCGUUGCUGCUGGGGGCCCCCCUGUUGGCGGCAGGGGGCCCCCGCGUCGAGGGGCGUUUCAUGAGGCUGCGUGCACCGCACUCAAGAACGUUACUUCUAUUGGUGAUACAGCUCGAGUGCUUCUAACGGACGAGCAGCUCAGGGUGCUCCUGAAGCGCUGCACGAACCUGAAAACCCUAGAGCUUGAUGGUUUCUUACUAACCCCCAAGGGCCUCAGGGCCCUCCAGGGGGCCCCCCUAGAGGGCCUCGCGCUAGCAGGGAUAGAGACGAAGGAUGAUGCUUUCUUAGAAGCUCUAAAGGACUGCUGCAAGGGUUUGAGAUCCUUUGGCUUUGUUUGCUAUGGGGGAGAGAAGUUCACCGAGGGGGCUUUGAAGGGUUUGGGGAGUUCUCUAGAAAAGCUUCAUACGGCACAAAUAGAAGCAAAGCGGCAGCAGGUUGCUGAUGUCCUCGUAGAUGCUGUUGUUGCUGCUGCUGCACCUACUCUUACCAGCUUGACUGUGGGCGGCGUCACUGAGGGCUGCGCUUUGCGUAUAGCUCAACGCGUGGGUUCUAAGCUGCAUACAUUUGGCUACACUCGGCUUAACCUUGGGGGGGCCCCCGUCAACGACUCGCUGCUCUCUAUGUGCGCCGUGAGGAUGGGGGCCCUCACAACCCUUCGCCUGGCUGAUGCUCUGACCCCCAAGGAUCUCCAGGGGGCCCCCGGGGGCCCCCACCACAACCACGGGUUUGUUGUGCUGUGGUCUGCAACAGCAGCCGCUAGUCUCAGCGGAGGGUCUCGCACGGCUCAGGCCUCUCCUCGGGGUUUGUUGUGCUGUGGUCUGCAACAGCAGCCGCUCGUCUCAGCGGAGGGUCUCGCACGGCUCAGGCCUCUCCUUGGAAAGUUGAAGGUGCUGAGUCUAAGCCGCAGCUGCGGCCUCCCCUUCGCCGUCCUCUCUGACAUUGAUUGUAUGGUCCUCGCCAGGUCUCUCUCCUCUAGCCUGCAGGAGCUGGAGCUCAAUGGGCUCCACGGUGUGUCUGAUGCUUUUCUGCACGAGGCUCUGGAUGCAUGCGGUUCAGGGGCCUCAGCAGAGGCCCCUGGGGGCCCCCCAGUACCCUGGGGGCCCCCAGCGCAAGAAGAGAAGAGAUGUGAGGCAGCAGCCUGCUGA